CUGCCUCUUGUCUCUUGCAGAUUCUGUUGAUCUGAAGAUGGCUGCACAGUCAGCACCGAAGGUUGUGCUAAAGAGCACCACCAAGAUGUCUCUGAACGAGCGCUUCACUAACAUGCUGAAGAACAAACAGCCGAUGCCAGUGAAUAUUCGGGCUACCAUGCAGCAGCAGCAGCAGCUGGCCAGUGCCAGAAACAGAAGAUUGGCCCAGCAGAUGGAGAACAGACCUUCUGUGCAGGCUGCCCUGAAGCUGAAGCAGAAGAGCUUGAAGCAACGCCUCGGUAAAAGCAACAUCCAGGCACGGCUGGGCCGCCCUGCAGGCCCCAUCGCCCGCGGAGCCAUGGGGGGAAGAGGACUGGCCAUGGGGCAGAGAGGUUUGCCACGAGGAGCCAUGCGUGGGGGCCGAGGAGGCAGAGCUCUGCUGAGAGGAGGGCUCCCACUGCGAGGUCAGGGCCUGCUGCGGGGAGGCCGAGGAAUGGCCCCGAGGAUGGGGCUGAGAAGAGGAGGGCUGCGGGGCCGCGGGGGGCCGGGCAGAGGAGCCAUGGGGCGAGGAGCCAUGGGGCGCGGAGGACUCGGCGGCAGAGGUCAGUCUGAGCGGCUCUGAACGAGCUGCAGCUCCCCUCAUUUCACACUGUGUGGCUGUGCAGCCCCAAACCCAUCUCACAGAGUCACAGUUUGGGUUGGGAGGGAGCUCAGGGAUGGCGAAGCUGCGACCCCACAGCGCCUGCAAAGCCGCCAACCUGCCCACGUCUCACAGCAGCCCAGGCUGCCCAG